AUGCCAGCACAGAUUCCACACUACCACCACGACCAAAUUGCAGAGAAUGGAUUCACAGUGAUCCGCGGGUUUCUCAGUCCCCAAGAAGUCGCCCAGUACCUCGAAGCAUCCGAGGCAGUGGUCCAGUUGGCCAGAGACGGUGACUGGCCUCAUGUCAGAACUCGCGGCAAGCAGUUCCCACCAUGGCCCAAGAACUUCAGUCCCGACAUCUGGGGCGUCAGUGGCUUAUUGCACCCUGACUUGGGCAAGCUCGCGUUGCCCUUCCACGAAGUGUAUUCCAGUGACAAGAUCUUGGACGUUGCUGGUGACAUUCUUCAGAUUUCGAAGGACGGCUUGUCGAUGGAGUUGAUGAACAUGCUCAUCAACCCCUUGACCAACUUUGGCUUGGACUGGCACAGAGACACCAUUAAGCCUGAGGUCACCGAGGCCGAAGAGGCUGAACAGUUGGCUGAUAUUGGUGCUUCAGCGGCUGGUGCCCAAUUCAACUUGGCCCUCACCGAGGACAAGUGCUUGAUUGUGAUUCCUAAGUCCCACAACAGAGUCAGGACAGCCGAGGAGCGUGAAAAGACCAUAAACGGGGACCGUAAGGAGCACAUCUCAGGCCAAAUCACUGUGGAUUUGAAACCUGGUGAUAUCGUUUUCUACAACAACAAUAUCCUUCACAGAGGCGAGUACGACUCGUCCAGCAAAAGAAUCACCCUCCAUGGUUCUUAUGGCCACGUAGGAUACGGCAAGUCCCGUGCAAAGGGAAUUUUACAGCAUGGCGUAGCCGAAUGGCUCCCCAGGUUUGAACCUGAAACCGAAAACUUGCAGAUGUUGAAGGAAAAGCUAGUCAAAUUGGCUGAAGAAUUCAAGGGUGUGGAUGUAGGCUUUGCAUUGGAUGGUUAG